UUCCGACCCUCUGGUGACCCGCUGCUUGUUGCGCACAUCUGCUGCGCGACGCCGCGGUGCGGUGGGCCACCUGGGCCUCCGUGCGGCUUCCAAGAUGUCGGCGCCCGAGGGCGGCGCGCUGGCUGCGAAGUGCUUGUGCUGGAGUUGCUGCGACGGUGGCGCCGUGGAGGCCAGCGAGGCCAGCGAGGCCAGCGAGGCCGUGGAGUUGCUGUUGGGGCAGGAGGCCAGCGAGGCCGCGGGGGGUCCGCGGCAGCCGCACCUGCCCGAAUUGGAGGAGGUGGAAGUGACGGAGCGGAAGCAGGAGCUGUGGGAAAAGUUCGGCGGCUUUGAGCUCGACCCCGUGCUCGGCAGCGGGGCGGUUGUCCUGGUGGACGCGGAGUGGGUGGUGGAGCGGGUGGGCUCCGGCGGAACCCUUGAGCCGCGCCAGGCUUUGCCGCCGACUGCGUUCAUGCCCCACAGCGGGGUCAAAGCUGUUACUGGCGAGGGCCAAGUUCCACUGCUGCACAUAGCUUGUGUCUCACAUUGCUGGUUGCAGGCUAAUCACCCCGACCCUCACGGCCACAACCUGCGCAUCCUGGGCCGGGCUUUGCAGCUGCUGUCCGCAGAUCCUUCCCCUAGUUUUACUGGCCGCUGA